AUGAGCCUUCGCACGAGCGCCUCAGGCCAGGCCACAUUGUACCGCUUGAUUCUGAAGUUCAACCUCGGCUUCUUCGCUUCAAUUACGCUUUCCUCUGGUAGCGUGACAACUCCAGCUGUCCAACGUCGCUCAACCAGCGACCAGGACAAGUUACGGGCAACGGCAACAGAUUCCGUGACCCAACCCUCGAUAUUGUACAUUGAUAUACCUACGAUGCAUGGGUUGGCGGAUAUGCCAAAUGCGGAUAUUUGCCGAUAUCACAAGCCUGAAAGUUAUCCCCUUGACUGA